CCACAAACCUUCAAAAAACCCCAACAACCAAUUCUUCUAGCAUCUUCUACGCUCCCUCAACAACAUGACUCGCAUGACAAAUUCCGUCACUAAAUCGUCACAACAAACAACCAUCAAGUUCCUCUACAGCUACGCCGGAAAAAUCCUGCCACGUCACACAGACGGCAAUCUCCGCUACGUCGGCGGCCACACCAGAGUCCUCGCCGUUGACCGUUCCGUCACCUACGCUGAACUGAUCGUCAAGCUUUGGGAAUCGUGCGGAUUCUCCGUCAAUUUGAAGUGUAAAUUACCGUCGGAAGAUCUGGACGUUUUGGUCUCCGUUUCUUCCGAUGAAGAGCUUGCUGCUGUUAUCGAAGAGUACGAUCGAGUUUCGCCGGGCGCGAAGAUCAGAGCCGUACUGUUUCCGGUGAAUUCAUUGAAGACAAUUUCUCCGGUUCCGUCUGCUGAAUCGCUGGUUGAUUUUCUGGCGACGAAACCGUUGACGUGUUCAAGAAGACAACAGCAUCGUCGGUAUUCUGUCGCUGGAUCGUCUCGAUUCAGUCAAGUUUCAAACCCUAAGAGUUUGUUCUGUUAUGAUUCUAACACCCAAUGGUUGAACAGGAAACAGUUAGGUGGUAGAUAAUAUAGGUAGUUAUAUAACAAGCUUGUCAAGUUACGGCGAAUUUAAAUCUUAGAAGAUGUAGAGUUGAUAAUUGAAACUGCAAUGUAGUUGAUUACCGUGUUGAUGUAGAUGUGAUUCGUCAUUCAAUCGCUUUUCGUGUUAUUCGAGUCGGUUUUUUCGAA